UGCGGAGCCAGGAAUAAUCGUUGUGAAAUAAAUAAUGAUUGCCAAUUUGAACACAGCCACCCAGUGAGACGACACCCACAAUCGCAGCACGAUGCGCGAGCCCAACCUGUACGUGAUCCUGUCGCACGCGCUGAUCGGUGAGUUUCCGCCAACCGGCAGACACUUCUGCCACGCCUCUUCCGCUUCCAGGCGGCAGUCUAAUUGAGUUGGGGAUUCCCACUGCCAUUGACCACACUCCCAAUUCCAAUCCGCAUCCCAGGCUGCGGCUUCUUCUUCCUAUACGUGCAGCAUGUGCGCGUGAUCUUCGAGACGCGCACCAACAUCCAGCAGCUCAAUCAGCUGGAGCGGGAGGCGCUUCUGCGGCGCGAGGAUGCCCUGUACUAUGCCUUCUACAAGCAGCUGGCCGAAGGGCCGGACUUUUGGCACGGCUACGAGCAGCUGAAGAACGUCACGGACAUCGAGUAUCCGCACAGUGUCAAUGUGCUGCAGCGAUUCUACGUGCUGCCGGAGCUGGUCACGGCGUACUUCUUUCACGUAGUGCGCUCCGGCUUCAAUCCAAUGGUGCAACCGAUGCAGUUCUAUCUGGAGUUCGUGUGGCUGAUGGGCGGGGUAACCCUGCUGGUACUCUACCUGUACGGAACGCUGCUCAGCGAGAACAUUUUCGGUGGCAUAUACGGCGUAAUCUCGUACCUGAUGUUCCACAGCUUCGUGGCCAAGAUCUAUGAGCGGCCGCUGGCGCGGGAGAACUUCGCCUUUCCGUUCAUUUUCCUGCAGAUGUUUUAUCUGUGUAUCUGCAUCGGAAGGAUCAUACACCGACAGCGGCACACAUCUCGCAUGUUCAUGAUCUUCGCCAUGUCGCUUUUCACCGCCUGCGCCCUACUCUCCUGGCAGUUCUCCACCUUCAUCUUCACCACCCAGAUCCUGAUCAUGAUGACGUCCUGGAACGCGAGCGCGCUGCCCACGGCUCUGGUCAACGCCUUCGUGCUGGACUACUCGCUGUCGCACCUGCUGGGCCACGCUCUCGCCUUUGUAAUGUCGCACGGCAACAGCCAGCUGCUUCUCACCUGGCAGCUGAGCAUCUCGCUGUUCCUAUUUUUGAUUACAAUGGUGCGACAGUUGCGUCACGUGCGCAGCCGGCGACUGGGACACGCGCAGGAUCUGCUGAACGGCGACUUAUUCUCGUUGAAGUUCCUCAUGCUCACACUGCUGCUCGCCAGCAGCGUGCAGACCACGCUGAUAGAGCUCUUCAAUCGGGCUGGCGUGGUCAGUGUGACGGAAGGCGACCAGCAGCACUUCUUCGACAUAUGUGCCCACUGGGCUCUGCAGGUCAAUGUCGGCUUUGUCGCCCACCUUUCCGCCUGCAAUCCGCAGUACGCGCGCGUCGCCUGGUCAGAAUUGUGGCAGCUGGUCAAGACGAUGAUUGUUAAGCCGUACUGCAUGUACGGCGUGGUCAUGCUGGCCAUGUUCUUCCGGCGCUGGCGCAAGAGCGGCGCCCCAGUAAGUGCCCUCACCGAAGAGCAGCGCGAGAGAGCGCGCAAAUACGUGCUGGAAGACUUCAUAGAGGAGCACUUCGUUUCCAUGAGCGACAUGUCUAGCAAGGAGACGGAGAAACAGCUGUAUAAGUGCUUCCGCCUGCUCAAAAGCUGCGACUACGACUACGAGCGCUACAAGCGCGCACAGGCCAGCCUGCGUAAGGAGCAGCCGCCCGCCCGCGACGACUUUAUGCAGGAUAUCAAGCGGCUGCGAGCGCAAAUUAACCGCAACAGCGUCAAGCAGCGCAAGGAGCGGGCGCAGGAAACCAAAGAAGCGGCCACCGACGGGGCCAGCACGCCGACUGAGGAGGAGGAUAAGGAUCCGGAAGCAGAAUCGGAAUCGAAGAAGAAGAAUCAGGAGCCAGGUAGUGGCGAAACGGAGACCGAGUCUGCAGCAGAUCCCACUGAAACGCCGCCGUCCAGGUCCGCGGACAAUGAAGAGGAGGAGGAGGAACACUCUGCCACCGCCGCCGGCUGCGGCUCAAACUCGAGUGGCCAUCGACAGAGGAAGCGCAGCUCCUCCAGACGCAGCUCCGUGGUGCCCACGGCCAACGCACAGAUCCUCAACAUGCACUACGUGUACAGCUUCCUGCAGAUGCUAGUCUUCACCCUUAUCGGACUCGCCGUGCGCAAGCUCUUCUUCCUCAGCUUCACGCAGGGCUGCGUCAUCGCACCCACCGUCUGCUCCAAACUGUGGUACCAUCGCCAGCGCAACAUCUUCUGGUCGGUCUCGCUGGCCGUCUUCCUGCUCAGCAUGUUCGAUCCGGGCAUGGUGAACAUUCGCGAAGAGUACUUCCCCACGCGCUACUCCAAGAGCGGUGACGACCUGGACAGCAUGCUCGAGUGGAUCAAGCUGAACACAGAGCGAGAUGCGGUCUUUGCCGGCCCCGUGGACAUCAUCGGCACCGUGCACUUGACCACCAAACGGCCCAUAGUCAACCAUGCGCACCUGGAGAUGCGUCAGAUAGCGGAGCGCACGGAGCACGUGUACUCGGUGUACAGUCGUCAGCAGUCGUCGGAUAUCUACAACCAGUGCGCCCAGCUGAAGAUCCAGUACUUGAUCAUAUCGCUGGACGAGUGCACCAACGAAGUGCGCGACGAUUGCGAUCUGCUGGCCAUUUGGGAUGACAAGCAGCCGGCCUACCAAAAAUACCCACAGUUCUGCCACGAGCUGCUCCACAAGAACGUGCCCAGCUUCCUGAAAGUGUUCGCCAACGACCACUACGGCAUUAUCAAGAUGUUCUCGCAGAGCGUCCAGAUCAACCUCAAGCACAACAAGAUGCCCGAGAUGUCCAUAUAGGGCUGGCCGUCCACGGAGGCGGCGCGAUGAUGGAAUGCUGGAAUCGUGUUGUGUUGUACGUAGCUGUGUGAGCUGUGUGACUAGGAUUUAGCAUUUUACGAUGUGUGUGUAUUAUGAUUACGUUUAGUAUUGCCCCAACCUCGGAUGCCCGAACACAUCUCGCACCCAAUCCCAAAUCCCGAUCCCGCGUAGUAGCUGAUUUGAUAUGGCAGAUUGGCGAUUAGAAGGAGGCCCCUUCCGCUAGAUAGUAAACUGGAUGCAUUUAGCAGCUUGACUUGUUUCCGCGCCGCUGCGUUCAAACCUUGUUUGGAUCAUUCCCCGCACCCGCACCUGCGCCUGCGCCCUCGCAUUCGAAUAAGUUAAUCUAGCCGAACGGAGCGACCUUAACUCUAAAUACUUUCGUUAAGUUUAAGCUAAGCUUUUUACAUUUACGCAUGUAGUAUACAUAUGACGAUGAGACGCGUGUGGCAACGAAAGUGGCUGCAUGUGGACGAUGUGCAUCCGGGAGCCACGAUCCCAGACCCAAAAACAAGCGGGUAAACACGCAUUUGCCAGGCAAUAAGUGAAAUAAAAUGAUAUAUUUGAAACAAUCCU